AUGGCCUUGAGCUUCUACAUCUUUCACCGCUUCUAUAAGUUCAAAGUGUUGGUGCUUGUGACUUUGUGUUUGAUGGUGCUAUGGGCCACAUUCAGUUACUUUGUGGACUCCAGACAAGAAAUUUCUAAAGCUAAGAGCAUAGUGGAGGAUUUCAGAAAGGUAAAUAGCCUGGAGAACAAUCAAAAGGAAGAGAAGAUCAAAUCAAUUGCGAAAGUUCCCACGGUGAAGUCAUUUCAGGGUCACUGCCCAGCUCUGUCUCCGUACCUACGAGGUGCCAGCAAACUCACCUUCAAAGCAUCUCUCACACUAGAAGAAGUGCAAAAGGAGAACUCUCAGGUAGCUAAGGGCCGGUAUCACCCUACGGAGUGCUCAGCAUUGCAGCAUGUGGCCAUCCUCAUCCCACACCGCAAUCGAGAGAAGCAUCUGCUGUACCUCCUGGAGCACCUCCACCCCUUCCUACAGAGGCAGCAGCUGGACUAUGGCAUCUAUGUUAUUCACCAGGCCGGCAGCACCAAAUUUAAUCGAGCUAAACUGCUGAAUGUAGGAUACCUAGAGGCCCUAAAAGAAGCGAACUGGGACUGUUUCAUUUUCCAUGAUGUGGAUCUGGUUCCAGAAAAUGACUUUAACGUUUACAUGUGUGACAGACAACCAAAGCACCUUGUAGUUGGCAGGAACAAUACUGGAUACAGGUUACGGUACCAGGGAUAUUUUGGAGGUGUAACUGCUCUAACAAGAGAUCAGUUUUCCAAGGUGAAUGGAUUCUCUAACAACUACUGGGGUUGGGGUGGAGAAGAUGACGAUCUUCGAAUCAGGGUUGAGAUGCAGAAGAUGAGAGUGGUGAGGCCGUCUGCUGAUGUAGCCAGGUACACGAUGAUCUUCCACAAACGAGACCAUGGUAAUGAGGAGAAUGGAGAGAGGAUGAAGCUUCUACGUCAGGUAUCUAGAACAUGGAAAACGGAUGGGCUGAACUCUUGUUCAUAUAAACUGCUCUCAGUGGAACAUAACCCUUUAUAUGUCAACAUCACAGUGGAUUUCAGCAUGGAGCCAAAGAUCUCAUAAGGGUGAACACCACACAGGCUAUUGGGAACGGCAACAGAUCGUGUUUGUCGUUGCUUGUUAGAGCAGAUGACUCCUGGCACUCUGCUUGAAAGAGUACUUCAGUAGCACAGAAGAAAGUUUUUCUUCACAGCAUCUAACUGAUUGGUUGAGAAUUUCCUUUUGUGAGGACUGGAGCUAGGGACUGACCCAAGGGACAGGUCCUUGUGUUCUUCUAUGCACUUUUUGCUGGGACGUUUGCAAAAGUGUCCUUGUUUGGGCUGGUCCAGUGGAAGAAC